AUGAAGAACCACCCCAUGUACCCGAUGCUUGUGCUGCUGGGCCUCGCUGCCCUCCUGGGUGCCUCCCAGGGCCGCACGGAUUGCUACGGCAGUGUAAACAGAAUUAAAACCCCUGGGGCUUCAUGCAAAACUGCAAAGCCAGAGGGUUUAAGCUACUGCGGAGUUAGGGCUUCAGAAAAGAUUGCUGAACGGGACCUAAAAGCUAUGAAUCGAUAUAAAACACUCAUUAAGAAAGUUGGUGAAAAAUUGUGUGUUGAACCAGCCCUGAUCGCUGGCAUCAUCUCCCGGGAAUCUCAUGCCGGCACAGUACUGAAGAAUGGCUGGGGUGACAAUGGAAACGGAUUUGGUUUAAUGCAGGUUGACAAAAACUCACAUAAACCUGUGGGACAAUGGAACAGCGAAACUCAUCUUAUGCAGGGCACAAAAAUACUUAUCACGAUGAUAAAGACAAUACAGGGGAAGUUCCCACGCUGGACAAAGGAUCAACAGCUGAAAGGUGGGGUUUCUGCCUACAACGCUGGUCCUAGAAACGUCCAAAGCUAUGACAGAAUGGACAUCGGCACCACCCACGACGACUACUCCAACGACGUGGUUGCACGAGCCCAGUAUUACAAGAAACACGGAUAUUAG